CUAUGGCUACAUGAUUGAUGACCGAUUUAUAAUUAUUAUAUGUCCCAGGUAUCCUUAAAUGGUAGCCUAGACUUAGCUAUUAAAUUCUUUUGUCAUAAGUAGAACCGUCGUCGUUAUGUUAUAAAUUCGAUGCACUUAUGUGCAUAACACUUUACGUAUGCACAUCUAUAGUCAGGUAAUAGUUUUUAUUACCUUUGACCUUUUGAUCACCUUCAAUUUACUAACAUAUUAAAUAUUCGUUUUAUAGGCAUCCAUUCACGUUAUAUUAAAAUACAUAUUCCAAACGUUUCCUUGAUUAGUGUACAUAUUAUUAUUAAUUGUACACUGUAAAAUAUUAAGCCUUAUUAUAGAAAUAGUUGCAAUACGAUAAAGGCAAGGCGCUGAUCGCUGUCAUAAAGCACAGCUGUGACGUUAGUCCGAGUGCCGCUGCUAUUCUCGUUGUUCGGAUCAAUACAAUGUUAUCAACGCAGUUGUGUAGGUGUUUACAUGCGCGUAGUACACAUUGAGUGUCGCUUGAAUGAGGCUGUCCCGAGUGACAAAUACCACGUCGCAAUUAUUGUGCAGUGACGAAUUGAGGAAAUGUGAACGAUGCCGUUGCCCGAGUUGUUGAAACGAGCUUCGAGCUAUUUUCUGGGCUUGGAGUUUGACGAUGAAGACCCACCUGAUUAUGUGGACAACGAAAUAUUGUUUUGCAAGAACAAUGUAUGCGUACAUCCCCCAACUAUCGCAAGGCAUGAAUUAGAUAUAGUACAUCAUCCUGGCUAUUUGACGGUGACAACUAAAGUAUUCACAGAUCAGCACAACAACGCCAAGCGGCCUACGCUAUUUCUUAAUUGGAUACCGAACUCUACGUUGAAGAAAUGUCCGUCAGCUGUGGAGACCAGCCCGAGUGAUGAGCUAGUCUGUGUGGCUAAUAGACCUGCUGCUCCGAAGGAUCCCUACACAAAAUCACGUAAUGACACAAAUAAAACGAUAAAAAAUUAUAGCAAUAACGAAAAUGCUUUUUCCGAUUCUUCUGAAACAACUAGUUUAAAUUCUAAUUCUGACAAACAAAGUAUUAAGUCUUCAGAUACGAGAUUUACACAAAAUGAUACGACACAGGAGGAACUAUCGACCAGCUCCAAACCAACAGUAAAAUCAAUUGAUUCUACAAAAGAUAAUGUCUUUGGCAGUUUUGAAAAAGAAGAAAUGAAGGAUGAAGUGUUUGUAUACGAUAAGCACGUGAGGUCACAGUCGAUGACUUCAGUAAAUAUAACAAUAGCUAAUCCUACUAUAGAAAAUGCCGAUUUGACUCCUGAUUCAGUUUCAGGGGAUAGAUUUAUCAGAUCGCUGUCAAUGAGCUCUUGCGACGAGGGUAAUCCCAAUUGGAUGAGCACGCCGGAAUUUUUAGCCCUAAAACAUAAUUUGGUGUUUCCUGAUAGCGUGCACAGUUCGCCGGUGCCGCAAAGAAGAGCUCCGAUGAAAUGUCGAAGGU